CAGUCAGUUUUGAAGAUGCUGUGGAUUGUAAAAGUGUACGUAUCCCUCAUUGUUUAAUUUUUUUUAACCUUUUUUUUAGACCAGCCAGGUGUUGAUGAUGUGGGGAGUUACACUGGUUUUCUUCUCCUAUGUCGCGUCCCUGGUGACAUCAAAUGACAUUAUCAUGGAGUGUCUUGAAUUUCAUGAUUUCCCUCCUACAAACAGUGCCUCUCCAUCAUUCCUGGCAGACUUGAAAGUGGAAGGGGUGACAGUGGAACAAACAUGUAUGCUGAACAUAAGCUGGGCAAUCAAUAUUGAUGCUAGUAUUGAAUAUCUGACAGGCACUCGGAUCGUGAUUGAGGCGGAAUCAACAUACCACUGUAAAUACAACCCACCUUUGGCCAAGACAAACCUCACUGGGUCAAUGCAGAAAUGGUUUCAUUAUUUAGUAAAAGCAAGCUAUGGCUCCACCAAUAUCCAAGUUGCCAAUCUCCCUUUGCCUUUCGACGAACACCCUUACAAACUGUUUAAAAUCACAGUGCCUCGGCCAGAACAGCGUGUUAAACGAUUUACUCCUCAAGUUCCUAUAGUUGAGCUCACUACUUCAGACUUGAGAAAAGAAGUCCCUGGUAAUAUCAACAUCACUUACAUAGCGGUGGCCAUUUUUGGAGGACUGGCCAGUGUGAUGAUCCUGAGUUCCUGCUACAUAGUCUAUAAAGUCUGUGGCGCUAACGUUGCCACAUCAUUGGGUUUCAAAAGGUUGCCUACAUCUCCCAUGGUUCCUGUCCCUGUGCUCGUGGUGUACCCUGCAGAGAAUUCAGCCUUCCAGCAGGCCGUGGUGGCCCUGGCAGAGUUCCUGCAGUGGCAAGGUGGCUGCAAGGUGGCUGUCGACAUGUGGCAGCAGGGGAAGAUCGCAGAGCUGGGGCCAAUGCGCUGGCUGGCAGAACAGGCCGGGGCUGCAGACCGAGUGCUCAUCGUCUGCCCACAGGUAGCGAUUCCCUCUUCACAGCUCAGGCACUCUCCUCCCAACCACAGCUUCCCAGAACCCUCCAUCCCAGCUGCGGCUCACGACCUUUACCCCCUAAUUCUCAACAUGGUGGCGAGCCACGCAAAGAGCGCCAGCAACUUGGCUAAGUUCUGGGUGGUGCAGCUGGGUGAGCAGCAGGACAAGACGCCUAGUAACUUGGCACUGGAACUGAGGGCCUGCAAGACUUUUUGUUUGAUGAAUGACUUGAACAAGCUGUGCAGGAGUCUUCAUACUCAGAGGCAGGAUGACAAGAUAUCAGAUCUGACCUUCAGACCAGGGAUUGCCCACAGUGAAAAGAGUACAAUGAAGUUAAGGGAAGCUGUAGAAAAGCUAGGCAGACAUCAGCCAAGCAUUUUCAGACAGGUGGAACUAUUGAAAUCUGUGGUUACCACUAUUUGAACAUCUGUAAUGAAAAUGUUUACAUUGGUGGAUAAAGUUGAUUAGUGAACAGCUGACCCCUUAAUUGCUUAUUGUUUUCUAAAAUGCAUUACUUUUGUUACCAAAACACUGGCUUGGACACCACAGGGUGGAUAUGUGUCUCUGCCAGUAUUUCAUUUGUGGUUUGCAGCACUGCAUACUGUAGCCUAUUGUUCUAUUUUGUAAUAAAGUUUUCUAAAGGUGAGGAAACCUGCCUCAAACAUACUCUGUCAUCAUCAUCAGGUAGAAAUUGUAAACUGCUUCAAGGCCAGUAAACACUAGCACAAAGAAAGAAAAAGGCAUUUUUUUUGUACAAUAGAUUCAAGAAAUAAUGUAUUUGUUUGUUUCAUCUACAAUCCUUAAAUAUCAAUUAAAGAGAAAGAGGUGGUUUGUAGCAGAAUUGAUUUUCUAAUCACCUACCAAUUAAAACUAAAGGCCGCAUGCUCUAUUACAUUAUAUAUUCCAAUCCCUCAGGAUUUUAUGUUUAUUUUAUAAGAUACAAUAUAUUGGUGGAAUUUUGACCACUCUGAUUGAAAAUCACUAACACAUUUGUUUUUAUGUCAGCAUGUUGUGAUUUGACAGUUUGUAUGAUUUCUUAAUCUAGUCUCCAUUUAUUCAACCAAAUGUUAAAUGGUGGCCAGAUGGGGCUUUUCUAUGUGGAGUAGUUUGCCUGUUCUCCAGUUUCCUCCCACAGUACAGGACUGGAACUACUGGAAGUUGUUUGAUGUAAGUGUGUUUUUGUCUGUCUCUCUCUGUUAGCCCUGUGUUAGACUGGGCAGCUCUCCAGGGUACCCUUCUUUAUCAGUGCAUGCUGGGGUAGACAUAAGUGGGUAUAACAAUUGAUGGUUGUAUGUUGCCCUUCAAAUUGUGUUUGUAUUUAAAGAACACUUUAACUAUUAUGUCCAGUAGCAUAUUGUGGCUAAUGUUAGUAAGCUUUAGAUACAAUGGCAAGAAAAAGUAUGUGAACCUUUUGGAAUUUCAUGGUUUUCUGAAUAAAUUUGUCAUAAAAUGUGAUCUGAUCUUCAUCUAAGUCAAGGGUAUUGACAAACAAUGUGUCUAAAAAUAAUUACAUAAAAAAAAUCUGCUCUUUCAUGUCUUUAUUGAGCUAAAAUUCCUCCUCAAUGAUGUGCAGGUCUGAACCACAGCUACAGGAAGCGGCUGGUUGAGGUUAUUGCUGCCGGGGGGAAAAUGACAAAUUUAUUCAGAAAACCAUGAAAUUCCAAAAGGUUCACAUACUUUUUCUUGCCACUGUAGAUACUGUUGUAUAUGACUCUUCUCUGCUUGUGCUUUUGUUAUGCUACAUUUUAGCAUUUGCCAUUUGCAAAAGUUACAUAGUCUUGCUUUAAUAUUGACUGUCUGAGUUGAGUGAGGUCAUUAUAUUUUUAUUUGUCCUUGUCCUGUCCAAAAUACAGCAGCACAGUGCAUAGUUAGGCUACAGUAUGUCUACAUGAAAAUUAAAGCAAUUUAAAUAUA